AUGUUUUGUCCCUGGAUCAUUUUUGGUGCCAUCCCCUGGGUGAAUGCUCUUCCCAGUGCGGCUCCUUGCGCCAACUCACUUCCCAAACCAAAUGUCCCAGGAGCUAUCGUUACCUCUCUCACUGCAUCGGUAGUCGAUAAUUAUGCCAUCAAUAUCACCGGCGAAUCAAACAAUUGGCCUGGUCAGAACAUUACGGGACUCAGCUUCUGUCAGGUCAAUGUUAGUCUGACUCAUCCGGGGACCGGGGAUCAUGUCAACAACCAGGUAUGGCUUCCUCUGACCGGAUGGAAUGGUAUCUUUCUCGGCGUGGGAGGCGGUGGAUAUGUUGCUGGAUCCUGGUCGUCGUUGGCACCGGCUGUUGAGCGUGGGUAUGCCGCCGUAUCUACCGACGCAGGACACGCUCAGAACAACUCUGGAGACGCCACAUCCUGGGCACUGAUCAGUCAAGGUGAUGUUAACCAGAAUCUCCUCCUUGACUUUGCGUCCAGGUCAGUCCAUGAUAUGACGGUGCUGGGAAAGGCAGUCACCGCCAGUUUCUAUGGAUCUGCGCCCAAGUAUGCGUACUGGCAAGGCUGUUCCACCGGCGGCCGCCAAGGUCUUAUGGAAGCACAGAUGUACCCAGAUGAUUAUGAUGGCAUCGUCGCGUCCGCUCCUGCAAUCAACUGGAAUGACUUCACACCAGCUCAGCAAUGGCCCUACACCGUGAUGAACAAUGAGCACUAUUCUCCUCCUCAAUGUGAGUUUGACGCUGUUAACGCUGCUGCAGUGGCAGCGUGUGACCAUCUGGACGGUCUACAAGAUGGUAUUAUUGGUGCGCCUGGACUUUGCAAAUUUGAUCCUUCCGAGCUUGUGGGUAAGAACUAUACCUGCCAUACGGAUGGUUCAACUCGACGCUUUUCGAGCCAGACUGCGACUGUUGUGAAGAAGAUUUGGCAAGGGCCCACCGCUGCCAAUGGCACGGCCUUCUGGUAUGGAAUUCUUCCUGGCACCAAUUUCAGCUCGUUAGCGCCGACCGAGACGUUCACGAAUGGAAGCACGGUCGCCGAACCAUUUGGUAUUUCUGACAGUUGGUUCCGCGAUUUCUUGUUCAAAGACGCCAACUACAACACCUCCAACAUUACUUACGCCGAGUUUCCAAGCUUGAUCCAUCAAUCUCAUGUGGAAUAUGAUGCCGUCAUGGGGACCAUGGAUGCAAACUUGUCCGCCUUCAAAGCUUCCGGGGCAAAGAUGAUCACCUGGCAAGGUCUGGCUGACAACCUGAUUAUGCCGAAUGGGACGAUAGAAUAUUUUGAAAGAGUCAAAGCCUUGGAUUCUAAUGUCACAGAUUUCUAUCGUGUAUUCUUUGCUCCCGGCGUGGGACAUUGUGGCGGCGGAGGAACUGGCCCGAUUCCAGACGACACUCUCAUGGCUUUGAGGAAAUGGGUGGAGAAUGGAACGGCUCCGCAAGUGCUGCCUGGAUCGAGCGGGUUCAGGGUCAAUGGCACCCCCAAAGAUCCAAAACCGGAAGACAACAGGACAUUGUUCCAAGCGUUUGAGUGGUAUCUCCCGCCGUCUUCAAGCGACAGUGCCCUCCCGAAUGCGAGCCACUACGACACCCUGACAGCUCUGCUUCCACAUCUCUCUGCCUUGGGCAUCUCGCACAUCUGGAUUCCUCCGGGCUGCAAAGCCACAUCGGUGCAUGACAAUGGGUACGGGAUAUACGACCUUUGGGAUCUUGGUGAGUUUGACGCGAAGAAAAACGGUAAACCGUCAAGAACGAAAUGGGGUCAUAAGGAAGAGCUAGAAGCCUUCUGUGCAAAGGCAAAAGAUAUGGGGAUAGACGUCCUCUGGGAUGCUGUCCUCAAUCACAAAGCCUCUCCAGACGGAAAAGAAGUGAGCUGGGGCGUCAAGGUCGACUCUCAUGACCGGACAAAGGCCCUCACCAAGCCCUAUGAGCUGGAAACAUGGACCAAGUUCACCUUUCCUGGGCGCGGCACGAAGUACUCGGACAUGAAAUACAAUUGGAAGCAUUUUUCUGGGGUCGACUACGAUUCCCGCACGAAAGACCACGGCAUCUUCAAACUCGUUGGCGAAGGGAAGCGAAGUGACUGGGCACACGAUGUCAGUAAGGAGCUGGGGAAUUAUGACUAUUUGAUGUUCGCAGACCUUGAUCACUCGCAUGCUGCUGUGCAGGAGGAUAUCUUCAACUGGGGAACUUGGAUAACCUCGCUGCUGAACCUUGGCGGCUUCCGGUUGGACGCCAUCAAGCACUAUUCUCUGUCCUUUCUGGCAGACUUUCUUGCACAUCUCGACACGAAAUCAUUGCGAGGGAAAAAGUUAUUUUUCGUUGGAGAAUAUUGGGAUUCUGAUGUGGACACAUUGUCUUCAGUCAUCCGGAGAUGUCAUGGGCGGUUGAAUUUGUUUGAUGUUCAGCUGGUAUACACGUUUAGCGACUUUUCAAAGGGCAGGAAGCAUGAUUUGAGAACGAUCUUGGACGGGACCCUGGUACAGAAGGAUCAUACCCAUGCAGUGACGUUCGUUGCGAACCACGACACACAAGAAACGCAGUCUCUGGCUGCGCCCGUCGAAGAGUGGUUCGUGCCGCUGGCUUACGCACUGAUUCUGCUUCGCCACAACGGCGGAACCCCCUGCGUCUUCUGGGGGGACGUCUUUGGCAACCAUGGACCGCGGCCUCGACUCCCGUCGUGCGGUGGCAAGCUUGCGCGCCUCGUCGCCGCGAGGAAGCUCUACGCCCAUGGCCCGCAGAGGGACUAUCUCGAUUUGGAGGACUGCAUUGGCUGGACGCGACUGGGCCACAAAUCCAGAGCGAACGGGGCCGGCCUCGCGGUCGUCAUGACCAAUAGCUGGGACCGGCGGUCGAAGCGAAUGUUUGUGGGUCACAGGCACAUUGGGGAGAGGUGGAGGGACAUUCUCGGCUGGGAGGACAGAGAGGUCGUGAUCGACUCGAAAGGAUUCGGGACAUUCCCUGUUGGCCACCGGUCCGUUGGGGUCUGGACACACGACAAGGCCCCCGAUUUCGACAGGAUCACCAGGUUCACGUUUCCCAGGUUGGGGCACAGUGCCGCCGCACCGGAUCCGAGGGUGCUUCCUGCGUGA